UAAACGAAAAGUUGUCUAAAAAAAUUAUAAAUAUUUUGUAUAAAUGUAUAAAUAAAUAUAUUUGAUACGAGUGUAAUGCAUAUUCUUACAUCAUAUUUUAAUAAAUGCUCUGUAUAUGCGGGAUCAAUUCCCUAGAUUUAUGAUCUUGCAUAGAAAAUAAUGUAUACUCCGAGACAGAAAAUAUUGUGGUUCGCAUUCAGUACCAGAGUUUUUAUCAUUUUUCUUCAAGCUGUUGGAAAUGUGAUUAUACCAGACCAUGAUGCAAAUGUCUUUAAAAGCCCAGAAGAUGCAGCAUUGCGUAAAAACAAAGGGGAUGUGAUUAUUGAUACACUAUUAGGCGGCUUUAGAAGAUGGGAUGCUCAAUAUUUUAUACACAUUGCACAAUAUGGAUACACAUAUGAAAAUUGUUUGGCAUUUUCUCCAUUAUUGCCAUUAAUAACAAGGUAUGUUGCCUUCACUCUAAAUAGUAUAUUAGGUUCCUUUCUAAAUUUCCAUAGUACUUUAUUGUUAUCUGCAACUAUUGUUAAUUUAUUAAUAUUUAUAAAAUCAGCUGAUAUCUUACAUAGGCUAAGCUUAAGAAUAUUGAGAAGUGAAUGCAGAGCAUACAAAUCAGUUAUUUUGUACUGUGUUAAUCCAGCCAGUAUAUUUUUUUCAGCACCUUAUUCUGAGUCAUUAUUUGCAUUAAUGUCUUUUUAUACAAUGUAUAAAUGUACUGAAAAUGAAACUUUAAGAUUUGCUAAUAUUGAUAUAACAGCUGCAUUACCCGCUGGAUUCUCUAUGAUAAGUCGAUCAAAUGGUAUUGUAAAUUUAGGUUUCAUAUUGUAUGCAAGCUUCAAAAAUGUAAUAGAAAAGACAUUACCAGAAAUUAUGUACAAAUAUAAAACUUUAAAACAUAGAUUAAUUUUACCAUUUUUACUUUUGCCAUUAUUUACUUCUUGUGUAGCAUUAUUUUUGACUGUGGUUAUUGCAGUAAUUCCUUAUGUAUUAGUACAAAUUUAUAAUUACUUCAAAUUUUGUGUUUACAGUGACCAUAAUUUACCAGAAUUUUUAACUAAUACAGAAUUUAUAUUACCAGGGACUGCUGAAAGUCCAUGGUGUAAUAGUUCAUUACCUAUUUCUUAUUCUUAUAUUCAAAGUCAUUAUUGGGAUGUUGGUUUUUUAAAGUAUUAUAAAAUAAAGCAGAUUCCUAACUUUAUUCUUGCAGCACCCAUACUUCUUAUAAUAUUAUAUCACUGUAUGUCAUAUAUAAAAAACAAUUUUAGAGUAUGUUGUCGUCUAGGAUUAAAAGAAAUUGUAUUUAAUUUUGGAUAUUCAAGCAAAAUAAAUAAACAAAAACAACAUCCCAAAGGUUUUGGAGCCAAUGAUCCUAACCUUUUUGUAUAUAUAAUACAUGUGUUAUUUUUAACUGUAUUUUGCCUUAUGUAUGUACACAUACAGGUAUCAACCAGACUUCUAGCCUCUGCUAGUCCAGUUUUGUAUUGGAUAUGUUCUAGUAAAAUGAAUGUUGGUCCUACACCAACAUCGGACCAAAAUACUAUAAAUGAACAUUUUCGUCGAAUUGGCAUAGGGAAGAGAGUACCCUCUCACCAUUUAUCAAUAGCUAAUUUAGAAGGUGUUGACAAUAUGUAUAGUAAGUGGAAAACGUUUAUAAUAUCAAGACGGAUGCCAGACUUUCAGUCUAGACUGAUACAAUGUUACUUUCUGGGGUAUCUUCUUAUAGGUACAAUUUUAUUUUCUAAUUACUAUCCAUGGACUUAAAUAUCUAAUUCACAGUUUUACAUUGAUCUCACGACAUAUCAUUAUAAUUCUAUAAUUAUUCAAGUAUUAAAAG